UAAUAAAUUUUGUAUUGUUUUAAUACAAUUUAAAAUUGAUUUGGUUGCAAUCAUCGUUAUUAUCUUGUUUCCGUCUUUGGUGUCCAUGAAUUUGAGAUCAAUUGAUUGAAAGGACAAAUUACCUCCCUCAAUUUUAAGCAUCAAUGUUGAUGAUUGAUUGAAAAUUCUUAUGAUUAGUUUCAUUGACAAAAAAAAAUCAUUUUCACAUUUUUUAUUAUCUUUUUUUGGGGGGUUGCUCAUUGUUUAGUUUUCCAGUUUUUUAUCUCUAAAUAAGAUUGGCCCAUUUUAUGCCGGCCAAUUAGCUAAUCGCUUAACCUAUUUAUGUUUAUAUUUGGAAAAAAUAGCCUAAAAAAACAUUACAAAAAAAUGGUUCGAGAUCGUCUUGCCGAAUUUAAAGAGCGAGCCGGAAUAAACGAUGAUAAUGAACAAGAACAAUGUACAGUCAUCAUAUCAUCAAUGGAUAUGGAAAAAUUCAUUGAAAAAGUGGAAAAUGUUCGUCAGAUUACCAGACAGAUGGAAAAUCUAAUUAAAGAAAUGAAAGAUUUACAUUCACAAAUAUUACUAUCGGCUAAACCCGAUGAAAGAAUGAAAAAAAAGUUAGAAGAUAUAAACAUCAAUUUCAAAAUGUUAUCGAAAAAAACAAAAGAAAAUCUAAAAUCAUUGGAGAUUGAUUGUCAGACACAAAAUGAUCGAAAUUCUGCUUCAUAUCGUAUGCGAACAGUACAAUAUCAAACAUUGAGACAGAAAUUAUUGGAUGUAAUCAAUGCAUACAAUUCGGAACAAGUUGAAUAUCGUACGAAAUGUAAAGAAUUAUUACGUCGACAAAUAACAAUUACGAAUCAAGUUAUUGAUAAUGAAGAAUUGGAUAAAAUUCUCGACAAUCCUAGCUCAGAGAUUUUCAUUCAAGGUCUUCUAACCGAAACACGUGAAGCACGUGAAAAAUUGGAAGAAAUUCAAGCCAGACAUGAAGAUAUACUCAAAAUUGAGAAAAGUAUUCGUGAAUUACAUGAAAUGUUUGUCGAUAUGGCCACGUUGGUCGAAAAUCAAGGUGAAAUGAUUAAUCGUAUCGAAAGUCAUGUGCAAGAAACGCAUGAUUAUGUGGAAAAAGGUCGUGAAGAAACAAAACAGGCAAUGGAAUAUCAAACAAAAGCUCGAAAGAAAAAAAUUAUAAUCAUCUUAAUUUUAUUGAUCGCUAUUUCUCUUUUAAUCGGUUAUCUGGUUUGGUAUUUCAAAUGAUCAAUGAUUUUCCCCAAAAUAAAACAAUUUUAUAUCGUUAAGGCACCGGAAUUUUUUUUGCAUGACAUUGUUUUUUAUUUUCCUUAUUAAUUUC